AGGCGGUGGGGACUGUGAAAGAAGCAGUAUUUCUUGGCGAAGAUCAGAGGUGAAGCCACACAUACCCAUUUUCUCUGUCCUCUUCUUCAUUCUCUUUGCCUGCAGAAGAAGUUUCACCAUGUCAAGGGAUGCUCAACUCCCACCUCGUGGACCUUUCCAGAAGAAGCUCAGUUCUCAAUCGAAUCAUAAAACCAUUUCUCCUCCCUUCCAUACUGAAUCUUACAUGGAAUACCCACAGCACCAUAAGUCUUUCUCCCAAAGCUCAAUCCUAGAAGAGAACCCUGCUUGGCUGGAUGGUCUGUUAAAAGACCCUGAUGCAAAGUCCAGUGGCAUAUCUCUUCGUCGGUCAGCAAGUGAUUCCCUUACCUUUCUGAAUGAUCUCAUGGAUUCAUUUCCAGUCCUCACCCUACAUGAUGAUCAAGAGGAUUCCAUUGAUUGUGAAACUGGCACUGGCUUGGAAUCUGCGUGUAUGUAUGGUCCCAACUCCCCUAGGAAGAAAGGCCACCUAAUCUAUUCAGGAAAUGCCUUAGUUUCAGCCUUAUCAGAAAGCAUUUCUCAGGACCCUUGGCAGCAUGUUGAUGGUAAUCCUACCUUUCAUGGGAUUACUUGUUCAAAUUCAAAAGUUGAUGGUAGUGUUCCAGUUGGUGACCACACUGCUGAAACAAAGACAGCAAAGCGCCGCUCAGGACAGCACUCUAGGGUCCGUAAACUCCAGUACAUUGCUGAACUGGAAAGAACUGUUAACAGUCUGCAGACUUUUAUAUCAGAGCUGGCCACCAGGGUAAGUUCUCUGCAUCAGCGCUGUGUUACUUUAUCCAUGGAGAAUGGUGAGUUACAGAAUCAGCUGGUGACGCUGCAGCAGGAAAAACUGAUGCUAGAGGGGCAACACCAGUUGCUGAAGAAGGAAGCUGAGAGACUGAGCAUUCGACUAGUGAAUUCUCCUAAUUACGAACUCGAAGCAUGUUUUGAACCUAGUGCUUCUACUCGGCCUGCUGUAUCGGAAUUUACUUGGCAGAUGUUAGAUAUGUCAAAACUCGAUCUUACUUGAGAUGGACAAUAUCUGAAGGAUCAAGGAUGGGUUUGUGUUGCAGCUGUAAAUGUCAUGAUCUACAGGUUUGUUCCUCCCCAAUUUUAUGAAGGGACACUUCCUUCACUUUAGACCGUAAACGUGAAAACCUUUUUCCAGAUAACAUGCUUUGUAGGAAGGGUAGUGAAGUGAAUAAAUAAAAAGUAGAUACGGAAAAGUGAAAGGAAGCAAAAAAUGUAGUCACAAUUUUAGUGAGGUUUAUUGACAAUGAAAUUACUUCUAUUGUGCUUCAAUAUUUUUUUCUUUUACUGUAAGAAACAUGGUUAGUAAAUUAGUAUCUGUUCA